CUCCGAGUUCAAAUCUUAAUUUCAAAAUAGCUUCUGGGGGAAUAGGAAAGCGUUACCAAGCUGGUAAAUUUCGCUGCAGUUAGAUAAUCGCUGGGUUAACAGUUUGAUGUAAACCGUAAUUCGUGUGUCGUGUGAACGGUAUCUGUAUCUGAACAUAAGUUUUUAUCUGUUUAGCCACUUAAACUAAAGCCUAGGUUAUGAGAGCGGCUCUCCCUGGUUUCGAGGUAAACAGACCGGUGUAGUCAGGCGGUGUUAGCGCUGGAUUACCCUGAUGUGUGAGAUCUGCGGCUGAAUCUCAAAUCAGCUCAACCGGAAGACCUGAAGGCUGGAGGACGGAUCAUCAGAGUGGAGUUAAAUAUGGCUAAUUUCCAGAGGACUAACAGACAUGGCUCUUUCCCUAAAGCUCAGGGGAAAGCUAACGGACUUGACAACCAGGAUGAUGUUUUUCAUGUUAAGAGAACCCCCUCCUCCCCACAGGGAGGACCCAAGAAGAGAUCUGCUUUUGUUGACCUUACAAAUACCAACAAAAUCCAGACCUGUGGCCCUGUGAAGAGCAGCAAGCCAGGCAAAAAGGCAUCUACAAGCAAAGCAGUCACUAAGAAUAAGUCUAAAUAUCUGUCAUCUGAGGAUCAGUCCACCAAAAGAGCUGAGGGACGGGCAGAGGAGUCGCUGUCCGAAGACUCUGGGGCAUCUGUUCUUCAGGACCAGUCUGCACUCCAACAACAUCCGGAGCCUGCAGUCCUUCAAACUCUGGAGCCUGUGGUCCUUCAACAUGUGGAACCAGCAAAACAAGAAAUUCCGGAAGCCUUUGACAUUGAUAGCGAACAGGCUGGUGACUGCUUGAUGAGUCCAGAGUACGCAAAAGAUAUUUUUGACUACCUUCAGAAAAGAGAGGAACAUUUUGUAUUGACUGAUUACUUGCACAAGCAGCCAGACCUGAAUGCAGAAAUGAGGGGCAUUCUUGUCGACUGGAUGGUGGAGGUCCAGGAAAACUUUGAGCUCAAUCAUGAAACCCUUUAUCUGGCAGUAAAGCUGAUAGACCACUACCUGUCAGUCACAGAAAUUGUGAGGGAGUCCCUGCAGCUCAUUGGCUCCACUGCUAUGCUCAUCGCUGCUAAGUUUGAGGAACGGUGUCCUCCCAGUAUUGAAGACUUCUUGUACGUUUGUGACGACGCCUACAAGAGGCAAGAAUUCCUCGUCACUGAAAGGAACAUUUUGCAAGGACUUAACUUUGACAUUAACAUCCCAGUACCUUACAGAUUCCUCAGGCGUUAUGCAAAGGUAGCCCAUGCUAGCAUGGAGACGCUAACACUAGCACGCUAUGUGUGUGAACUCAGUCUGCUGGAGCUAGAGCUGGUGCCUGAGAGAGCUUCACGUCUCGCCUCUGCUUGCUUGCUCCUUGCACUCAUCACCAAAGGCCUAGGAGGAUGGACACCAGCUCUUCGGUACCAUAGUGGCUAUACACUAAGCGACCUGGGUCCUCUGGUCAGGAGACUGUAUGCAAUGCUGGCCAGCCCGUCAGACUGCAAGCUCAAAGCCGUGGAAACUAAGUACUCACACAAGGUAUUUUUUGAGGUAGCAAAAAUUCCUCUGGUACAUAUUGAGACAUUAGAAGAGGUUCUUUCUGAACAGGAGAUCACUCAGUGAAUCAACAGAUUUUCUUGUAAAUAUGUGUUUGUUACAUUGUAAAUGUUAUUUAUUAUGGUACAUUUAAAAUAUGUAAAUAGUGUAGUUUUGUACUUAAUUUUGAAACUAUUUUAUGAAGUAGUUUGUAGUCUGUUAGUGAAUAAGGAUAAACUGUAGAUGCAGUCACAGUCAUUUUGAGAAUUUAAUGUUUUUUAGAAAAGCUAUUUGUAGACUUGCUGUAUUUUAAUAUACCUGAUGUUCAAAAUAUAUUUGUGUGCCGAACAUUAUUUUAUAUUCAUAAGGAAUGUUAGUCCUCUUUAUCAUGCUCACUGUCAUU